GAUGUGCGGUUUUGAAGCUGGUAUGUAAUUUAAUAUGGGUGGCUGUUCAUCGUACGAUCAAGAUUGCCUUCCUUGCUUUGUUUGUAAUCUGUAUACAAUUCUUCCACUUUCCAUCAACUUUUCACUUUCCAUCGAUCUCUAAUUAAUACUCUCCCCAAAUUCUUCUUUUUGUUGAAACAAAUCUUCUCAUUUUCUCUCUAUUCUCAGCUUUCUGUCAUUUUCCCUAGAAAAUAUAUUGAUUUAUUUGUCUUGUAAAAGGAACUCUUGCUUUCUCCAUUCAAGACUUUAUAGUUAGGAAUUUCUUGUCCUUGUAGCAAAUGAAUUUUCAUGGAAUUGGCUAAAGUUUAUAGCUUGUAAUUUCUUGAAAUUAUUUAUUUUUGUUCAUUAUUAUUAAAAUGGGUAAUAAAGAUUUCAAGAAUUGUUUCUGCUUCUUGCUUCCUCUACUUAUCCUAUUCAUUCUUUCUCCUGUUUCAGAUGGACAAUUAGCUCCAAGUGAAACAAGAAUUCUUUUCCAAGUUCAGAAACUCCUUGAAUAUCCUUCAGUUCUUCAAGGAUGGACAAACUGGACCAACUUCUGUUAUCUCCCUCCCUCACCUUUUCUCAAGAUUGUUUGCUCAAACACUCAUGUAACUGAAUUAACUAUCAUUGGAAACAAAACUUCCCCAUCUCAAACUCCAAAACCAAUUACUUCACUCAGUUUUGAAGUUUCUCAACAUACUUUGUCCGAGAACUUCUCUAUUGAUGCUUUCUUCACUGUUCUAACAAAACUUUCAUAUUUGAAAGUGUUAUCACUUGUUUCUUUAGGCUUGUGGGGUCCAUUGCCCGCAAAGAUCAAGAGGCUUUGGUCUCUUCAAGUACUUAAUGUCAGUUCCAAUUUCAUUUAUGGAGAAAUUCCUCAAAAUAUUGUGUCAUUAAAGAUGCUUUCCAGUCUUGUUUUAGCUGAUAAUUUGUUGAAUGGCAGUAUUCCAGAUCUCAAAACCUUGGUGUCACUCCAAGAGCUGAAUUUCGGUAAUAACCAUUUUGCUUCCAACUUUCCUUCAUUAAGUAACAGUCUUGUUACUAUAAUAUUGAGUAACAAUUCUUUAAGAUCUGUCAUUCCUCCAGGAAUCAAGAACUUCUAUAAACUUGAGCGAUUAGACAUUUCUUCUAAUAAACUAAUUGGUCCAAUCCCUUCUUCUCUGUUUUCUCUGUUUUCAAUUGAAUAUCUCGAUUUAGCCCAGAAUCAAUUUAAUGGUGCCCUGCCAUCAAAUAUUUCCUGUAAUCCUAAGCUGAAAUUUGUAGACAUUUCUAAUAAUCUUUUGAUAGGGAAAUUACCUUCAUGUAUUGCAUCAAGUUCUCCAAAUAGGACAGUUAUUGGUUCGAGGAAUUGCUUUUCUGGUAGAAAUUAUAGUUAUCAGCAUCCAUUUGCAUUCUGCCAUAAAGAAGCAUUAGCUGUUAAGCCUCCAGUUGAGAGUGGAAAGGAGAAGUCCAGUGCCCAAUUAGGCCUAAUUCUUGGUAUUAUAGGAGGGGUUGUUGGGGUAACAGGUCUACUUGGAUUGUUGAUUUUGGUCAUUGUUAAAAGGUCAAAAACAACAAGAGCCAAUGGAGGCAAAUUUGAUGGAUUUUUUGCUGAUAAAAUGUCUGUCACUAGCUCUUCUGUGCAAACCAUGGAUUCAAGACGUGUGCCUCAAACAAUGAGGUCAGCUGCAGUAGGUCUUCCACCAUAUCAUGUGUUCACAUUGGAAGAAAUUGAAGAUGCAACUAAUAACUUCGAUCCAAUGAAUUUCAUGGGAGAAGGAUCUCAAGGACAGGCACAAUUCCAUAAUCUUUAUAAAGGUUGGGUUAGAGAUGGCUCAGUGGUCCUAAUUAAAUGUAUGAAAUUAAAGCAGAAGCACUCGCCUCAAAACUUGUUGCAGCACAUGGAAGUUCUAUCAAAGCUGAGACAUUUGCAUUUGGUCAGUGUUCUUGGACACUGUAUUGUCACUUCUCAAGACCGUCCAAGUACAGCUACUACUACUGUCUUUGUUGUUCUUGAACACAUCUCCUAUGGAUCUCUCAAAGAUUAUCUUACCGCAGAAUGGAGAAAGAAAGAUGUCCUAAAGUGGCCACAAAGAAUGGCAAUUACUAUUGGAGUUGCAAGAGGAAUUCAAUUCUUGCACACAGGAGUUGCACCUGGAAUAUUUGGGAAUAAUUUAAACAUUGAAAAUAUAUUGUUGGAUGAAAGUCUCACUGCAAAGCUUAGUAACAAUAACAUUCCAAUGCCAUCUAAGGUGGGUUCAGAGAGUCCUUUAAGCGGACAAGAUGGUAUAAAAGCAGAAAAGGAAGAUGUUUAUCAACUAGGUGUUAUUCUAGUUCAAAUCAUUACUGGUAAAAUUGUCACAUCUACAAGUGAAUUGGAAGAACUAAAGAUUCAGCUAGAGAAGGGCUUAGCAGAAGGUCCGUCAAAGUUACGACCUAUGGUAGAUCCAUCUACAAGAGGCACUUUCGCAUAUGAAUCCCUAAGAACUACAGUCAAAAUCACCAUAAGUUGCAUCUCCAAAGAACCAAGUAACAGGCCUUCAAUAGAAGAUGUGCUAUGGAAUUUGCAGUACUCAAAUCAAGUACAGGAAGGAUGGGCAAGCAGUGGAAAUCUUGGUACACAAAUGUAGUAUUAGUAUGACUCAUUUUUUGGAAUUUCACUCCUUGUACUAUAGUUAUGUGACUAGGUCAAAUAAUUUAUUAAACUACCUUGUACUAUAGUUAUCCAAUUACGUUUUCCCUUCCAAUUCUAUUAAAAAUGGCUUCAAAGAAAUUGGUGUUCA